AGGGGAGAAACCGAAAUGGGGAGGAAGAGGCGGACAGGAAAAGCAGCACCGUCUGCGGUGAGGGGGGCCUCCUACACACGACAGGCUGAGGGCGCUUUCAUGGCCUCGUUGUUUUGUAAUUGUCCCAAUGGCUCUGUGUCCUCAGCAGAGUGCCGGUUACUCUGUGAGACGAGGCUAGAUGUCAGGAGACGCUCACACAUUUCAACACUCUCCGUCCAGAGCUCAGUGACGAAGACUCAGUGAGGAAAUGUGUUAGCUGUGUGGAGAAGGGGCACACAUCAGUGGGACUUUUAUUUUGUAAGAGUGAAAGUGUUAGGAGGCAUGGAUCCCUCAACUGAGUAGGAGACAAAAAAACUUUGAGCCACAUGACAUGGACCAGUCCCACAGCGCCCCCUUCAGCUCAGAGAAUGAGGCUCAGGGAGGGGAUCCUGCUGUGUGGCAGUGCACCCCCGCCCCAUCUACCUCACCCUCAGCGGAGACGCCUGCACACCCGCCACCUUCACAACCCAGACCCCACUCCAGGCCAGCAAGCCAAAGCCCCGCCCCUUCCUCUCCCCUGACAGGAAGCAAGAAAAGGACCUCCAAACCUGCACACAUGAGACGAAACAUCAGAAAGUUGCUGAGGGAGCAUCAGUUGGAUGCAGUGACCAAAGCUGCCCAGCAGGAGGAGCUGCACAGAAGGCGUCGUCUGGGUGUGCAAAGAAAGCAGGAUUUUCCUGUACCACUGUUGCCUGAAUACUCAACCGCAGAUGUUGCACGACAGUUGGCGGCGCCCUCGUUGGCAUCAGUUUCGACACAGCGAGGUGUUAAGUCGUCCAUACAGGAGGUCAUCUGUUUGGACGCCAACAGCACAGGCAUCAGCGAGGACGACCACAAGAGCAACGUCUCUGCUGCUGCUGAACACACACACAAAACAGACGUUGUAGAUCUAAGCUCAGGUGAGGACGAUGCUGUCAUUCAAGUCAGCAGCGAGUCCACCAACGAGGAAGAGGAGGGUGAACCGAGCGGGGCUCAUACCAACGACGCCCAAAACCAACCCGACGCCCAGGGCAGAGUGCUGGUCAACCUGAACCAUCCACCUUCUGAGCCAGAUAUUUUCCUGGCACCGCAGCUCGCUCGAGCAGUCAAGCCUCACCAGAUCGGUGGGAUUCGUUUCCUGUAUGACAACCUGGUGGAGUCGUCGGAGCGUUUCAGCAGCACCAGUGGGUUCGGCUGUAUCCUCGCUCAUAGCAUGGGCCUGGGCAAAACACUGCAGGUCAUCUCGUUCAUCGACAUCCUCUUCAGGCACACCCAGGCUCACACGGUGCUCGCCAUUGUUCCGGUGAACACGCUGCAGAACUGGCUGUCAGAGUUUAACACCUGGUUUCCGCCCGCAGAGGCGUUACCGGCAGACACUGACCCCUCUGUGGUAACUCCGCGCAGAUUCAAGGUUCACAUCCUCAACGAUGAGCACAAGAACACGGCAGCCAGGGCCAAGAUUGUGGAAGACUGGUCUCGGGAUGGGGGGGUGCUGCUGAUGGGCUACGAGAUGUACCGCCUCCUGUCCAUGAAGAAAAGCUUCGGGGCUGGACGGAAGAAGAGGAACAAAAAAAACCCCGGACCUGAUGUCAUCGACGUGGAUGAGGAAGACAGACAGCGGGAGUUACUCAAAGGUGUGGAGAAAGCUCUGGCUCGACCCGGUCCGGAUGUCGUCAUCUGUGAUGAAGGACAUCGCAUCAAAAACUGUCAUGCCAGCACGUCUCAGGCUCUGAAGAGCAUCCGGACGCGCCGCCGCGUGGUGCUGACGGGCUAUCCUCUGCAAAACAACCUGAUCGAGUACUGGUGCAUGGUGGACUUCGUCCGCCCCGACUUCUUAGGUUCGAGGCAGGAGUUCAGUAACAUGUUUGAACGUCCCAUUCUGAACGGGCAGUGUGUGGACAGCACGCCUCAGGACAUCCAGCUGAUGAGGUACAGGAGCCACGUCCUCCACAGCCUGCUGGAGGGCUUCGUUCAGAGGCGAGGCCACGAUGUCCUCAGAAACCAGCUGCCCUCCAAGGAGGAGCAUGUGAUUCUAGUGCGCCUGUCUCCCCUUCAGAGGGCGCUCUACACAGAGUUCAUGAACCGCUUCAGAGAGGCGGGGAACACCGGCUGGCUCAGCCUCAACCCUCUGAAGGCCUUCUGUGUGUGCUGCAAGAUCUGGAACCACCCGGACGUCCUUUAUGAGGCCUUGCAGAAGGAAAAUCUGCCAAACGAACAAGAUUUGGACCUUGACGACCUCACCUCAGCAGGAAAUACACGAUGCCCCCCUGCCCCCAAUCAAAAGGCGAAGAACGCCGACAAUCCAAACCCCAUCGGGGGACCCAGUCUCAGCCAGCUGCAGGAGAAAGCCAACCAAGUUAUCACUUACGAAUGGGCUAACGAGAUUAUGUGCGACUACAAGCCCGGGAUUCUGGAGAACUCUGCCAAGAUGGUGCUGCUGUUCCACCUGAUCGAGGAGAGCGUCAGAAAGGGAGACAAGAUCCUUGUGUUUAGUCAGAGUUUGUCCACACUGACUGUGAUCGAGGAUUUCUUGGCCAAAAGACCAGUCCCUCCAUCGCCCCAUUCGACCGGUGGAGACGGGCCCAACCAGACCUGGGUCCGAAACCUCAACUAUUACAGGCUGGAUGGAAGCACGACAGCAUCUGAAAGAGAGAGACUCAUCAACCAGUUCAACGACCCCUCCAACACCUCAGCGUGGGUUUUCCUCCUGUCGACCAGAGCUGGCUGUCUGGGCGUCAACUUGAUCGGGGCGAACCGCGUGGUGGUGUUUGACGCCUCCUGGAACCCCUGCCACGACGCUCAGGCCGUGUGCCGCGUGUACCGCUACGGACAGAGGAAGCCGUGCCACAUCUAUCGACUGGUUUGUGACUACACUCUGGAGAAGAAGAUCUACGACCGGCAGAUCUCAAAGCAGGGCAUGUCCGACCGCGUGGUGGAUGAUCUGAAUCCUGUGCUGACCUUCACCAGGAGGGAGGUGGAGUCUCUUCUUCAUUUCGUGGAGGAGGAACCGGACCCCUCCCUGGUCCAGCUGCAGUCUGAGCACAGCAUGGACGGUGUUCUCCAGAAGGCUCUUCAGCUUUACUCCAACCUGGUCACCAAGCAACCUUUCCCUCACGAGUCUCUGCUGAUGGACCGCAGAGAGCUGAAGCUGAGCAACGCUGAGAAGAGAGCCGCAAAGAAGGGGUACGAGGAGGAGAAACGGGCCUCGGUGCCGUACACCCGCCCGUCAUACGCCCACUAUUACCCCGCCAGUGACCAGAGCCUCACCAACAUCCCCGCCUUCAGCCAGAGGAACUGGCGACCUUCUGCUGUCCCCGAGGAGAAACCAGUUGCUAGCGUCCGGCCAGUCCAGUCAACUCCAAUUCCCAUGAUGCCUCGACAAACGUCCUCAGGUUCUGGGCCGAACCGUGAUCCCUCCAGAUCCAGCCUGGAAGGCUUCCCUGUCAACUGCCUGCAAAAAGCUGGAGUGUUUGUCCAGAAAAUUGUCACCACUACUGAUAUAAUCAUUCCGGGAACAAACAGCUCUAAAGAUGUCCAGGCCAGGAUCACUGCAGGAGAAAGCAUUCAUGUCAUUCGGGGCACCAAAGGGACGUACAUCAGGACGUCUGAUGGAAGAAUCUUUGCCAUUAGAGCAGCCGGGAAGGCCAAGGCUUUGGAAGAGAGUGCAACAGCGCCACCCAAAGACUUACAAGCACGAGCUCAGGAAGUCUCAUCCAACGGCAGUAAUGGCUGCUUGUCACCUGACAGGGAACAGCUGGCCCCUCCCAAAGCUGUGCCCCGCCCCCUUUCCCCUGACAGCCCAGAGAUCAUCAAUGAGUUGCAGCGUUACACGAUUGGGUCAGGAGGGGACGCCUCAGCGGCUUCUAACAUGCAGCCUGGUACAAAGACCAGCACCACCCCCCUGCUCUCUACCAUGCAGGCCAACGGCAGCAGCUGCGGCGGCGGCGGCGGCGGGAGCCAACAUAACUCCUCUGGUACGAAAGUUCCCGGCGCAGAAGCCGACGUCGCUCAAGAUCUUAGAGUAGGUUCUAAGCGAAAAGCGUCGCCGUCGCCUCUGGAGGAGCGAGUCAGUAAGCAGCCCUCUGCCAGCAGCGCCCCCUCAGCCCCGCUGCCCCCACAUGGGUUUCCGUAUGCGGGGGGCUUCAGCCUCCCCCCGGUGGGCCUCAGGUCCGCCAUGAUGGGGGGCUCACUGAGGCAUCCGCUUUUCCUCGGAUCCGGCUCACAUUACUUCCCUUCACCCCACACUCAUCUGGGCGACCCCCGGUACAUGUACCCAGAUCUUCUGAGUGUCAAUGGCGCCACCGCCGCCACCACCUCCUCCUCGUCCCCCCCUACAACCACAGCCUCAUCUUCCUCAUCCUCUGCGCCGGUCAGCACCAGCGCCUCACUGUCUCCCUUCAUCCUGAGCUCCGGCUUGCUCCCAGCAGGAUAUCCUCUGCCGUACACCCCCUCUCUGGCCAGCCUCUAUUCAGGCCAAACCGGAACCAGUUUCCUGCCUCAAUACCCCCCCGCCGCCGCUUCUAACUCCUCCUCCUCAUCCUCACCUUCCUCUUUCUCCCCCUCGGCAUGGUCCGAGGGCCAAAGAGCCUCGGUGUUGGUGAAUGGCGGAGAUGUUAGCAGCUACGACGAGGAUGACGGCGAUGAUGUGAUGGAGGUCAGACGAGGACAGUGAGGAGGAAGCCCAGAGGGAAAGACUGAACUGUUGAGGUGUCGAGCAUUUCCUGGAGUCACCUACGCUGCCUUGUCUUACGGUGACUGAAGACAGACCGAACAGAGACGGACUAAUCGGCUGAACAUCAAACGAUUCAGAAGGAGGAAAAAAAUCUAAUUCAAUGAUUUUGAGCUUCCAAAGUUUUGAUCUAAUCCUGGCAUUUAAAUUCUCAUCACUGGAUUGAGUACUGCUGACUAAAAAUGGCCACUAGCUGUACGGUUUCAGCUUUGCUAAUUGAUCAAUUUACAUAUAACUAAGAAAUAACCACAUUUGCUAAAUGACACCAAAAAAAAGUAAAUAUUACUACUGAAAAGUUGUCAAAAGCAUUUAUUUUAGACUUCACUGCCAGGAUUCAAACGUUUUUUUCUUUCUUAGAGAGGCAAAGAAUGGGAUCAUCUUAAUUUGAGACAGUUGGCGCUGAGGUUUAAGACCAUUUACUGAAACCUAGCAACUCUAACAAAAGAAUGUAUGCUUUAUCAAAUGCCUUCAUACCAGGCCUUUUCGGAGAGACUCAUUCUGUUAAGCCAGAGGACACAGGAAGAUGUAACUCUUCUGUUUUUGUAUUUGUACUGUACUUUUUAUGUAAUCUACUUUCUCAAGAAAAGAAAUGCCUAAAAAUGAGGAUAAAGAAAACUGGUAAGGUGUCCUGCUUGUAGCGAAGAUUCUACCAACAGAAAAUGCCUUCUUGCCUCCAUCUUUCUGAAUGUUAGCUGUGAGAGAGGAGAGGUUAAAAUAAAUAAAGAGAGGCGGUCUGCGGCGCUCUCGGACUCUCACACAGUCUUACUGUAGCCUAGUGAAAAACGAUGCAAAACGCUCACUCAAGCCUAUAUAUGUGUGUUUAUACAACCCAGAGGAACUGAACUCGCAGCUGCAAGCUUUGGUUACAUACGUGUCGUUACUGUGUUUGUACCUGCGUGUCGUGCUUUUAAGGGUUACAAAAGGAAACGUACAGAAAAGAAUUAACAGUCUCACCUUUCUCCUGCUGGGGAAUCUCUUUCUGAUACAUAUUUCACCUCUUUAUUUGUUCACAAAUCCAUUUCCCAGCCAGCAAGGCCAAGUGAGUCCCAUAUGGUUUAAAAGUGGGCAGAAAAUGUGAGCCCAGGUGGGUUUGUCCACAGUUUAUGUGGUGGUCCCACCUGUGUUUGCCCUCGUUGGCUUAAGUGGACACUCGGUAGGUUGGCUCACUACGCUAGCCAGCCACUCUGUGGACAGCGGAGCUCGCUAGAUCGCCACAGCAGAGUUUGCUAGCUCUCUAUAGUGGAGAUCGCUAGCUCGAUACACCAGAGUUCGCUAGAUCGAUACACCAGAGUUCGCCAGCUCGAUACAACAGAGUUCGCUAGCUCUCUACAGCGGACCUCGCUAGCUCUCUACAGCGGAGCUCGCUAGCUCUCUACAGCGGAGCUCGCUAGCUCUCUACAGUAGAGCUUGAUACACCAGUGCUUGCUAGCUCUGUACAGCAGAGCUCUCUACAGUAGAGUUCGCUAGCUUUCUACAGCCGAGGUCGCUAGCUCUCUACAGUAGAGCAUGCAAGGUCUCUACAGCAGAGCUCGAAACACCAGUGCUCGCUACCUUUCAACAGCAAAGCUUGCUAACUUACUACAGUAGAGCUCGCUAGCUCUCUACAGUAGAGCUCACUAGCUCUCCAUAGUGUGGCACGAUGGCUCUCCACAGUGGAGCUCAAUACAGUAAAGCUCGCUACACUAGAGCUAGCUAGCUUACUUCAGUAGAGCUCGCUAGCUCUCUACAGUAGAGCUCACUAGCUCUCUACAAUGUGACUCGAUAGCUCUCUACAGUGGAGCUCACUAGCUCUCUACAAUGCGACUCGAUAGCUCUCUACAGUGGAGCUCAAUACAGCAGAGCUUGCUACACUAGAGCUAGCUAGCUCGCUACAAUAGAGCUAGCUAUCUUGUUACACUUGAACUAGCUAGCUUGCUACACUAAAGCUCACUAGCUCGCUACCCGUCCACUGGAAGGCUGGAUAGCGUAGUGAACCAACUUACUAAGUACCCACUACAACUAAUGUGGGCAAACACAGGUGGAGCCACCACAGAAACUGCAGACAAACCCAAUUAGGACCCACAUUUUCUGCCCACUUUUAAACCACAUGGGUCCCACUUAGCCUUGCAGGCUGGGUUUAUGCCAGUAAGAAGAGAAAGGAAGGCAAUUUACAAGCAUAUCUGACAUCUCUAAAGAGAAUUAAAAGACCAAAUAUUCUUAAUGCUAAAUAAAUAUAUCAAAUCCAGAAAAUGUUAGAAGUGUUGGGAAAAAAAAUUAUCUGCACUGAAGACAGAAACGCUUAAAAGCUUAAUAUGACAAGAUUCCCUUUAAAUGAACAUUAAAACCACCAUCCAGCUGUCUUAUAUAAAACGUCUGGCACCAUCUAUUCAUCAGUGGUUUUAGCAGUAGCUUUGAACUUAAAAACUACAUUUUUUUCCCAUAAAAAUGUACUUUAUUCUGAAAAUGUCAGUUUACUUUCUUCUUUUUUUGGUCUUUUCAUUUUACAAUGUUGGAAUUUACCAAAUUAAUUUAUUUAUGACUGUGCAUAUUUAUUGAUUUGUAUUUUUAUUUUUCUACAAUGUCUUUUUGGUUUCCAUUUGUCUGAUUAUUUUCUUACUUGUACGUUUUUUUAUUAUUGGUUUUGUGUAGAAACGUUUCCUCUCUGAAGUUCCUCUGAUUUGGAAGAACUGACGAUCAGCCAGUCUGACCCGACACAUGUGAACCUGUGCAAAAUUUGCAUGUGGACCAACAAACUGGUGCGUUACUGAGCACAUUAAUAUCCAGGAUCUUUGAGAAGGAUUAAGAUAAUACUGUAUUUGAUACGUUUAAACUGUUUGUCUUGAGAAAUGUAAGAAAAAAAAGAAAAAGACAAGAGGGAUUAGUUGAUGUCAUACUGACUUUUUUUUUUUGACUGAGCAUUGUGGAAAGCAUGUUUAUGAGCUCCAACAGUUGAAAACAGAAGUAUAAUCUGAUAUUUUGAGCUGAUUGUAAUCGUGUAUGCUCAAAGUCUCUGGUCAAAACUCAUUCAGCUCAUCUGCUAAAAUAAAUAAAUAAACAUUAAGUGCUUUCCUUUUUAUAGUUCAUAACCAUAUCGACAGAACUGUCCAUCCGGGUCAGUCGGUUUCCUGAGUGUUGACUUUUUUUUUUUGCUGUCAGCUCGACUUCUGCAGGGCAAAUUGACUGCACUGCAGUUUCACAGCUGUCUACUUGAAUUUACAUAUUUAUUUAUAUGAACAGAUUAGGUUGGACAAAGUGUGCCAACGGUCUCAAUUCCAUUUUAGCCGAGGAGAAAAUGAAAUCUGCUGUCUUUUCUUUGAGAAUUCAGAGCCUGUUGUGUAGAUUAGAUGCAUAAUGUGUAUGACUUUGGAUCACUUUUUGAUCUUUUUUUUCUUGUUUGUUUUUUUGCAGUUUGUAAAUAAAAAAAAACAUGAUCUGAAAUUA